AUGCGAUCUUUCGUCGUUGCUGCCCUGCUUGGGUUUGCUACUGCUCAGAGUAGUUCCGUUGAUGCUACCAGCUCUGUACUGAGCUCGCCACUCACUUCUGCAACGCCCUCUCCGUCUACGCCUACGUCGUCCACGCCGACGCCCUCCGCAAGCUCAAUUUUGAGUUCCUUAUUCAUAUCUUCGGCGCUCUCUACGUCUACGCCUUCCGCCAGCUCUACAGCCUCAACUAGCGCCAACGGCAUCCCUACAGUUACUGUUCUACCUGGAACCUAUUCUGAGGCCGUCACAAUCCUGGGUUCAAACACAAUCACUAUUGUUGGCGCCACUGCUACUGCUGCUGCCGACUGGUCCCAGAAUCAAGUCACUGUCUUGUCUCCUUCGAUCCCAUUCACUAUCGGAACCAGCAGCGCAAAAGGAGUCACUUUACGCAACAUCAACUUUUUCAAUUCAGCCACCACAUCUGCAUCGACGGCUGCGGUCGUCCUCUCGUUGAGAGGUGACAAUAUCGCAUUCUAUGGCUGCUCCAUUGUCUCCCCAGGUGCUACUGCAAUCUCCGCUUCAUACGGGCUUGCAUUCUUCGCAAACUCGUACAUCGAGGGCUCGGAUAAGAUUUUCUACAAUGUACCGACCGCUUACGUCUACAAAUCAACCAUUGUCCCCUUGUCUUCUAGUGCCAGCAUCGUGUAUAACAAGGGUGCGGCCGUCGGCGGAACAUUCUAUAACUCGACCGUCGUCUUCGACUCUAGCUCCGUUCAGCAGAAGCCUGGUAACACCAACACCGGCGUCUUCUUGGCAGCUCCCAAUAACGCCGGUGCUGUGGUGAUCUACAGGGACACUGCAAUGGGGUAUCUGAUUUCUCCCGCAGGUAUUCACCCCUCUGCUGCUACUACAUCAUCGUUCUAUGGUGAGUUUGGAACGACUGGCGCAGGCUCGUAUUCCCAGAACGCUGCUUCCCGUCCUAGCUAUGACGUCCUCCUCACAGCCGACCAAGUCUCUCAAUAUACCAUUGACAAGGUCUAUGGCAACGCGUUCUCUCCUUUCGGCAGCUCUUCCCUUGCUUGGAUUGACCAGAAUGUCGUCUCUUCUCUGCAUGCUUCGAACUCCGUUAUGCCUGUCGUCGCCUCUUCCGCUUCUUCGACUACUUCAUCGACGAUGUCUGUCAGCUCUACAGUCUCAUCUAACUCUACUGCUACCGGCUCAGCAACGCUCAGCUCCAUGACCCCCUCCUCGACAUGCUCUGCUGCAGCAGCCUCCGGUACUCUCGUAGUCUCCAAGAACCCUGGACCUUGCGAGUACAGCAAUCUGACAGCCGCGAUCAGUGCUCUGCCCAACGAUAGCAAGCCAUACACAAUCCAGAUCGGUGCUGGUACCUAUGUUGAGCAGCUCUCUAUCACUCGCAAGGGGAAGGUUACUUUGAUCGGUGCCUCUAGCUUCACCAACGACUACACGCAGAAUCAAGUUAGGAUCGAGAUAUCCAAUGGUGUACUGACUAGCGCCGGACAAAACGAACAAACACCUGUCAUCAAUGCAAAGAAGACUUACGACAACUCUGGUCUGGCAAUGUACAAUAUUGACUUUGUCAAUACGUACCCACAAACAACAAACACUGCUGCUCUAGCUGCUGACUUCUAUGGAGCGAAUAUUGCGGCAUACGGAUGCUCGUUUGUCGGAUUCCAAGACACUUUACUCGCGAAUAAGGGCACACAGGUGUUCAGCAACUGCUACAUUGAGGGCAGUGUUGACUUCAUCUGGGGUUUCUCUGCCGCCUAUUUCCAUCAAUGUAUGAUUGUUACCAACACGCCUGGAUCAUGUAUCGCCGCCCAGUCUCGAGCUAGCGCCGAUGCAGCUGGUGGUUAUGUGUUCGAUUCCUGCAAGGUCACCUAUAGCUCGACCUAUGGCAGUACGUACGGGUUGAGCUACCUCGGUCGCCCAUACUCGGCAUUCUCCAUCGCUGUUUAUAUGAACUCGUACAUUGACCAGCACAUCAAGGACGCCGGUUGGUCUGUAUGGUCGCCAACCAACCCGCAGACUUCUGGCGUCUUGUUUGGCGAAUUCAACAACUCGGGACCUGGAUCAUGGCAAGCCUCUACACAGCGUGCGAGCUUUGCGACCAAUUUGACGGCAUCUCAGGCUACGAAGUAUCAGCUUGCUUCUUGGAUCGGCGACACCACGUGGCUCGAUAUGACAGCGUACAACUAUGUGCCGUCGUAUAGCCUUACUGGUCCCUCAUCAACAUCGCCCUCCACAUCGCCCUCCCCAUCCCCCAACAGUACCAUCACUGGAUCUGCCACCACUGCCACAAUCAACGCGCAUCCCGACAGCGAUGGAAGUCAUAAUGCCACUUUCACCAACCUCACUGCCGCUCUUGCGUCGCUUCCCAAGGAUUCUACUAACCAGACUAUCUUCAUGUAUCCCGUGAGGAUAAUUGGUUCCACCAGCGGCAACCCCGGUCAAUCAUACAAGGACAAUCAGGUCACAAUCACUUACUCCCGUGGUCUCUCCGUCUCUCCUUUGCCUGUCGCCUCCAAUAGGAUCAGCCUCUACAAUAUCAACAUGAUCAACAGCGAUAACCUCGAUGGCUCCCAGGCUUCCUACGUUACGCUUGCAGCAUCGAUCUAUGGCAACGAUAUCGCAUUUUAUGCCUGCUCAUUUGAUGGAUGGCAAGAUACUUUGCUGACUGGUGCUACCGCUGGUUAUCAAUACUACGAGUCCUGCUACAUUGGCGGCGCAAUCGAUUUCAUCUGGGGGUACUCCAAGGCUUAUUUCAAGGGUUGCACAAUCGCAUCUUCCUCCGCAAUCGGUGGCUAUAUUUUCGACCAGUGCCUGUUCACUACUGCGCCUGGCGCGACCGAUGAUCUUACCAAUAAGGUUUACCUAGGCCGCCCUUACUCUCAUGCUAUCAACUCAAACCAUGUUACUUUCGCAGACAACGCUGCUGCUCGCACAGCCUUCGGCUACGCCACGCUUCUCACCUCAGACUUGUAUCAUCUGUCAUCUGUGAUGGACUCUACCGAGUGGAUCGACAUGACUUUUUGGAAUUCCAUAGUGACUCCACAGCCUUUGAUCACUGCCCCAGCUCCAAUAAACACCACAGUCACUGGGAAUUCUACCUUCAAUGGUACAACACCUCCUGCCGGUGCUCUCAUCGUCUCCAAGACACCAAUCACCAAUGUCAUUACAUAUGGGACGAUCCAGGAUGCUUUAAAUGCUGCACCAACCACGAGCAAGACAAACGCAACCAUUUUCAUCUACCCUGGUGUUUAUCAAGAGCAGCUCGUUCUCAACAAGUCUGGCCACACUAUUUUCCAAGGUUACUCUUCCGCAACGGAUGAUUACUCCCAAAACCAAGUCACGAUUCAAUUCAACGGCGGUGUCGACACGCAAGGAACCACGGGUAGCAAUACGGACGGUGCUACUAACAUUGCCUCGCUUGGUUUCGCUGUCAAGAGCAGCAAGUUUGCUGCACUCAUUUCGGGUUUCUUGUUCACCUUCAAGACCUACAUCGAGGGUAACGUGGAUUUCAUCUACGGACCCGGAUCUGGAUACUUCUUGGACUCGACCAUUUCGCCAAAUGAGGACAACCCCGCCGUCGGCGCAGGUACUUUCGCCAACAUCGGUCUCGGACGUCCAUGGAACAACUUCGCUCGUGUCGCUGCCGCCGGUUGGAACGUCUGGAGCAAGUCUUCCCCUAACACGGACGGUGUUCUCUUUUCGCAACAGCUCUCAGAUGCCGAUGUCGUCCAGUUCCAACUGGGCAACUUCUUUGCUUCUACUGCUUUCAUCGACUUCGAUCACAUCGACACACAGCCUUUCGCGGUCGGCAUUGGCUCGGCGCAGGCUUGCAGCACUGUUUCAUCGGCUAUCAUCUCAGCCACACCAACCUCUACCUCAUCACGGGUUAGCUCAUCUCUUGUGCCGACGCUUUCUAGCAUCGUUUCCUCGAGCUCUAUUCCGGCUGUCACUUCCACUAUUAGUGCCAUGAUCUCUGGGGCCGAUGUCACUUCAACGAGGCUUCUUAGGGUUACCGAAACAACACAAAUACAAAAGGCUACCGCCACAGUCUCUAACGCAUUGCCUGACGUCAAGACCACCUACAUCGACGUAGUGACAGAAAACGAAGGCCGCACAGAGACUAUCAAUGAAGGUGGAUUCACGACGAAGGCCGCGCAAACUUUUACGAUGAAAGAAUAUACGACCAAGCCAAUCACAAUUACAGAGAGGCAAGGAUCGACGGGCAAGGGAAACAAGGCCACUACUAUCAAAGUUACAACUUCCGUGGAGCCCACUAGCACAAAGACAACUACUAUUAAAAACAAGAGUCUCGUGACCUCUUGCAUCCCGACCGAUGCCGCACAACGGAUGGUUCGCCGCGGAGCUAUCAUCCCACGCGCAGCUCGCCCUGCGACGACGACUCUAACUCUCAGCACGACAAUUACCAGCUUUACUCAGGUCGCCGGCACAAAGACGAUCGCUCUGCCUGGCAGCACUACAACCGCGACAACGACUUCAUUCGUGAAGACGAUCACGAUUGGUUCAGGCUCAACGCACACUGAGACUAUCACCUCAACUACCCAAAUUGGCAAGACGACUACACUCAAGAAGUCCACAACCCUCGUUCUCACCACGACAUACGUGACCCAAACAUCACUGUCCACCAUUACGGGCGAAGCCGUCACUGUAAGCAAUCUGCAGACAAAGACGAAUUCGGAAACCGUUACAGGCGAGCAGCAGACAGUUUACAUCACGGUGGGAGGUGAUGUUACGUCGACGAUCCGGACGACUGUUCCUGCUAGCGCUAUCACGAAGUAUCAGACCAUCACGCAGGGUGGUGCUAUUGCGACGGAAACGGUCACUGCUGCGGCGGGAACGAAAACAGUAGUGCAUAAGGUCACUACGACAGUGGUGGUGUGGGCAACUAAGACGGCGAAGAAUGCCAAGACGUGUACUGAGUAG